AUGGAAAAGGUUUGGUUCAAGCUCCGUCAGACAGACUACCCGCCUCCAGAAAUAAAGUCGAUGGGUACGGGGAGUGAGACGGCCCCGCUGUGCCUGGGUCACUUUGUUCCCAACCUGCGCCGCCUCGACUUCCCCAUCAACCGCCACGACAUCGAACCGUUUCCCCGGAGCAUGCCCGUCUAUUCCACAAACGCUCUGACAUUUUCGUGGAAAGACGGUCGGGCUGUUGAGUACGGUGGUGUGCUCGGCGGGGGCGCCCCCGUCUUGGCUGCUGCGGGGGUACCGGUCACGGCCAAGGCCGAUGUGAAGGCCAUCUUCAAGGAUUCUGUCUCCAACUGCGAGAAGUAUGAGAGGCUGGAUACGUAUUUGAUUCAGGUUACCAAGGCGUAUAUUGCAGAUUGCUUGGAGAGAGACACGGUAGCAAAGUAUGUGGAGGAUAGUUCGACGUUGGGGGCAUGGUCCGCAUUUGUCAUAACUGGGCUGAAGAUUGCGCGGGCGGGCUCAAGGUCGACUUCUUCGUCUCAUGGGAUUGAAUAUGGUUUUGGUGUUGAAGCGGAACUACCCGCGAUUGCAUCCAUCCGGGCCGAACCCAACGUAGCACGCAGCAAGGAUAUGACCACGGCGGCCGAAAAGCAGUCUGACUUUGUCUGGGCUAUACGACUUGCCAAGGUCCGUAAGGGAAUCCUGAUGAAGGACUGGUCAGUUGGCCCGUACACGAACAAAGCGACGUUCAACGACCGCGAAGAUGAGGUUGAUGUUGAGCAAAUCGUCUCAGCUGAGGGUGUAACGCCUACACGUGUACUAGAGGACGCCGUGCAUGAUGAGGCAUUCGUUAUACUGCCAGAACAGGACCAGUCAUAA